AAAAAGUUACAAGGAAUAUGGUGUUAUGUUCUACCUUCCAUCUUUUCAGUCAAUGCUGCGAGUCCCAGCUGAGGAAAUUACUGAAUAAACUUGCAGAAGUACCUGACCGCCCACGCCCUUUGUGACCAGAAUGAUGGCCAAUAAUAUCGAAUGCAGAACGAGAAAAAGAAGAAGGUUGUUAGACUUGAACUAAACGGACACGAGUUGACCAGCAUACUGCGGUUAUUCGUUGAAGUCAAGCCAAAUCGCAAGGAUUGGAAAUGGCAGCUCCAACUUCCCAGUUUAGGCCAGGGCAGGCCACAAAUCCCACCAGCAAGGUCGAAAUAUCCGUUUCAUGUCGAAAUUUGAAGGAUAAAGAUGUGUUCUCCCACUCUGACCCACUGUGUGUUCUCUAUGCCAAAGAAAUGGGCGUGGAAAGAUGGAGAGAGAUGGGUCGCACAGAGUCCAUCAAGGAUACCCUGAAUCCUGACUUUGUUAAGAAGUUUGUGAUGGAUUACCACUUUGAGGAGUCACAGAAGCUGAGAUUUGAUGUAUAUGAUCAAGACUCGCCAAGUGCCAAACUUGAACGACAUGAUUACCUUGGGAGUAUGGAGUGCACCUUGGGGCAGAUGGUUGGAGGGAUGGUGGAGAAACCUUUAACAGGGCCUGGACGUGCCGGCAAAUGGGGAACGAUCUUAGUCCGGGCAGAGGAGAUAGGUAAUUGUAAGGAGGUCGCACAAGUGCAGUUCAGCGCUCAUAAACUCGAUAAAAAAGACUUCCUUGGCAAAUCAGACCCAUUCCUAGUCUUUUCAAGAUGCAAUCCUGAUAUGAGUUGGACAGUCGUCCAUAAAACAGAAGUCAUCAAGAACAACUUAAAUCCAACAUGGCGGCCAUUUACAUUGAAAGUCCAGUCGAUAUGCGGUGCUGAUUAUAAUCGACAGAUCAAAGUCGAUUGUUAUGAUUGGGAUAGCGAUGGCAGCAGUCAUGACUUCAUCGGUUCGUUUACCACGACUAUGAAACAAUUGGUCGAGGGUUCACAUCAGGAGAAUACAUAUGAUGUUAUUAAUCCGAAGAAACAUGCCAAAAAGAAAAAUUAUAAGAACUCUGGCACUUGUUCCUUGUUGUCAAUCAAAAUAGAGCAAGAGCAGACGUUCUUAGAUUAUGUAAAUGGAGGAUUAGAUAUUAACUUUACUGUAGCGAUUGAUUUCACUGCCUCAAAUGGAAACCCCUCAUCACCAACAUCGCUUCAUUAUCGCAACCCUUACCAGCCUAACCAGUAUGCAUCAGCUCUCCUUUCGGUCGGCGAGAUCAUUCAGGACUACGAUACGGACAAGAUGUUCCCAGCACUCGGUUUUGGUGCCCGUGUCCCACCACGUGGGGAGGUAUCUCAUGAAUUCUUCCUGAAUGGUCACCCGUCAAACCCAUACUGCUCGGGUAUCCAGGGACUUAUGGAGGCCUAUGACAAAGCCUUAAGCAGCAUUCAACUCUACGGCCCAACUAACUUCUCACCUGUCAUUAAUCAUGUGGCAAGGUUUGCUGCAGCUAGCAAAGACGGUUCCAACUACUUUAUUCUGCUAAUUUUAACUGAUGGUGUCAUCACAGACAUGCCACAAACAAAACAAGCUAUUGUCGCGGCUUCUAAACUUCCCAUGUCAAUCAUUAUCAUAGGAGUCGGGGAAGCAGACUUUGAUGCAAUGGAGGAAUUAGACAGUGACAAUGUCCGCCUUCAAGCAUAUGGACAGUAUGCAGAGAGGGAUAUAGUCCAGUUUGUGCCCUUCCGUGACUUCAUGCGUCGUGGCAAUAGCGAGAUGCAGAAAGCCUACCUCGCUAAGGAGGUCCUUGCAGAGGUGCCUGCCCAAGUCCUUGGAUAUAUGAGGAAGAUUGGAGUCAAACCAAAACCGCCAAACCAAAAUGUCAGAAAAAUAACAGCACAGGCACCACCAGCAGGACCUCCUGGAGGACAGCCGACUGUACCAGGACAAGCACCUCCUGGACAUCCGCAAGCAGCACCAGGUCAUCCACCGCCACAGCACGGUGCUCCCUACCCAGGUGCACCGCCUUCAUAUCCUGGUGCACCACAAGGUGGAGCUCCCUACCCUGGUGCUGGAGCACCGCAGGGUGCACCAUAUCCUGGUGCUGGUGCACCGCCUGGUGGUGCCCCCUACCCUGCUACUGGAGCAUCGCAGGGUGCACCCUAUCCUGGUGCCGGUGCACCGUAUCCUGGUGCUGGUGCAAAGCCUGGUGGUGCCCCUUACCCUGGUGCCCAGGCAGGAUCGGCACCGUACCCCAAUGCUGGACCCCCUGGCGGCUCCCCCUAUCAUGCUGGAGGACAGUAUCAGGCUGCACCGGGUGGCUACCCAUCGGCACCGCCACAGACUCGGUAGCUGUAUUAGCACAAGCAAUCAUAGUAAAAUGAAUAAGCCACAUGUUUAAUUGUUUCAAUCUAAUAAAAGACAUUUUGGGGAGGAUGGAUUAAUUAUAAUAAAAGCAGAAAUCUAAAGGAUUGAUACAUCCCAUUGAAAAGAGAUAUGGCGCUUGGUUAAUAUCAACAAAAUAUUUUGUAUCUAGAAAUCAAAAUUAUUCUUCCAAAGUUAACUGUGUGUAGAAUCUUCUUUUUUUUCGUGGAAUCAUGAAAACGGUGACAGUUGGAAGGCAUAUAAUGCAAGUCAUAAGGCGAUAUUUAAAAAAUGACACCGUUCUGAGAACUUGUCAAAAAAUUUUCUGGUCAAGCCUUCCCAGCCCGCACAAUGGUACUUCAGAUAUCUCAUGGGGUUGUUCGCUUGGUAUUCCUCUGCUCGUGAUUUAAGAAAUUUGAAGUCAACUGUAGUGAGUAGAUGAGGAGAAGUGUAUUACGUGGUGCUUUCUUUGUAGGUGGGAUUUCAAAAUUGACAGACUUUUGGUAGAAUCUUUGAACCUUGGUCUCUUUUGCAGUUUUGUAGUAGUGGCAUUGUAGAUUGUCUAACAUAUGGGCAAUUUUCACGACCAGUGUUUCAUGGCGAUCAUGUCGUUCUAAUGUUGAAGCCUUUUACAGAAGAACAAAUCAGCUACUGGAAGAGGGGUAUUUAAGGGUUAUGGGAGGGGGGACUUAUUUGUGAUUAGAAUUUCAGAUUGUUUAGUUGUUGAAAGUAGUCUGGUAAUAACUUAUAAGGAGUCGGGUAUUUAUUGAUGGGGAGUGUUAGGAUGGAGCUCUUUGAGCUGAGUAAAUUGUACACCAUCCGAAGAAAAACAUAGGUGUUUUUGCAAUAUUUGAAACAUGUACACCUUGAUGUUGUCAUUUUUUUAUCGCUAGUUACGAAAAUUGGUCACUAUUGACGAAUUAAGGUCUCUAUGAUUGAUAAACCACCGUGUCUUGUUUUCUUACUUUCAUCGUGAGGUGAAUGUAAACAUUUCCAUAAGAUUCAAACCCUAAUUGACAAGUACCAGCAGGGUCUGUGAUAUAUCCAGGACUUUUAGAAAGGUGUGUUACAUUUGAAAGGGGGGGGGGGGCAUGCAGUUGGUGACUAAUCCCUAGGACCUUCCCUGAGGACUAUCCUUUAUAGAUCAUUGUAUAUUUUUCUAUCAUCUUUAUCGUCAAUAGUAGUGCGUGUAAUUAAAAGAUUUUUUCAAAAAGUCUUCAUCUUCUACUUUAUGUGUUGUAAUGCACAAUUUAUUUAUUCUUGCCAAACUUUUAACAAAGCCAGGUAUAAAUAUCUUGAGCUUCCACUGAAGAGUCCACCUAAUCAAUAUUUCAUAAUUAUAUAUAACUCUUGAAAAAAAAUUGGGAUCCUUAUUGUACAAUCAAAAAACUGUAGUGUUCUAAUGUUGAAGACGUUCAAAUGAUGGAUCACUCCUUUUAAAUAUAUAAGUAACUCUGGACUCUCCAGCCUAUGGAAAUAUCUGGUUAGCCCAGAGUGCAUGCGGACACCUGUAAUGGAGACCACUAGUGAAAGGCACUUUGAGAUGGAGUCGGCAAAGUAUGAAAGUAUUCAUAAGGCUCUCAUUAUUACAUAUAAUCGAGUGGUCUUUGGAAGGUUUAUGUGUCUGCUGUCACGUUUCUCCUUGUGACUCGCGAAGUAAUUUUUGAUAUAAUUCUAUCUCCUCUAUCAUAUGAUUCUAUUUUUUUUUCAAUAUUGGCAUAACAUGUAAUACUGCUAUUUUGUAUCUAAAAUUGGUCAUAUAUUAUCACUAUGAUAUUGUUGGUUUUUAUCAAGUAUUGAUUAGAGAUAUAUCAGAUGCGAGUUGAGCAUCAGUACUGUUGUUAUAGUUCUAUGUUCCAUACAUGUACUUAUGGUCAUAUAUGUAAUGUGCAAAUUGGUGUAAAAAUCUUUCUUUAAAAAACCCUCUUCAUUGCCUCGUUGUGCAUGAUGUUUUGGAUAAAUAUUUUGACCUUGACCUAAUUUCCAAGGUCACUGAGGUCAAACUCUGAAACCAAAACAGUAAUCAUAUUCCUGCCAUUGACUCCAGGUGAGCACAUGGCCGCUGGCUUUUUCAUUGAGUAUUUGAAAAAUGUGCUUUGGUAUGUACAGAUCAACAGACGACAUUUGUAAGGUUUGUCGGGACGUUAUAUCUUGACACCUACAACUCCCUGUCCACCUGUCCGUUUGUUGACGCAGGAAAUAAACAAAGUCAUUGAUUGGGUGGAGGACUAAUGUGAAUUGUUCUAAGAAUUCACAGCCACUACUGUUGUGGCAAUACUUGUGAAUUGUUCUAAGAAUUCACAGCCACUACUGUUGUGGCAAUACAUGUAUGUGUUCUAAACACCCAGUGUGUUAAAACCACCGCCUUUAAAUGACCAACAGUCUCGAAGUCUUUCAAAUGCACAAUGUCAGGUUUGCAACAUACAAAAAGUUUUGCUGAAAAAAAAGUUGAAUGAAAACUUCUUUUAUUUGCUGAUGUCAGAAGAAAUACUAUCAUCAUGUCAUGCUUAUUGCAAUUUAUGCCGUGAUGUUAUUCUGGAUAAAAGUUUGUGAAGAGAGAAAUUUCAGAAAGUUGUAAUUAUAUGUAUUAUCACACUUCUUUGUCUUCACAUAUUUUUCACUGUUGUGCGAUAUGCCAACAGUUGUGGUUGAGCUAAACUGCCUUAUUUGAAUUAAAUUGUUUUGUGGAUGUGUUAGUUAAUGAUAUAGUUAAAAGUAUCUAUGCUUUAAGGAACUGUAGAAAGUGCUUCCUGUUCCCAUAUUUUCAUACCUUGUGUUAGUUAAUGAUGUCAUUGAUAUUAUGGCCUGAACUGAGUAGAAUUUAGACUGAUCUCUGGGGAUAUUUAGCCAUGGUAGUGGUACAUCCAAACAAAUGAUAUGAGUACUCUUGAUGGUCAUCGAUCUAACAACAGCAGGCAGUACAUAUUAAUGUGCACAAUGGCUGGGACUAUAAUUGCACAACAUUAGCUUGUAAUAGAUGCUAAGAUCAGAAGAAAAUGACUUUUAUCAUUAAAUGGUCCAUAUUUAAACUGGUGGGUAACUGAAAUGGCUAGAGAUACUGUCCAAGGUCAGUCUGAAUGUUGUUGAUUGUCAAUAUACCAGUACCGUCGUUAAAAUGGUCAUAUUUAUAUUCUUUCUAAGAGAUAAUGUAUUUACUGGUAGUUGGUAUUGAUAAUAAAAUGUUGAA